UUUCCCAGAACUGCCGUUCGUCCUCAUGAACUCCUGAACCUGCUUCAGAUGCCAAAGUCCUGGGACUGGAGGAAUGUGAAUGGCGUCAACUACGUUAGUACGACUCGCAACCAGCACAUCCCUCAGUACUGUGGCUCCUGCUGGGCACACGGCAGCACCAGUGCCAUGGCCGAUCGCAUUAACAUCAAGCGGAAAGGAGUGUGGCCAUCUGCCUAUCUGUCCGUCCAGCAUGUGGUCGACUGUGCCGACUCUGGCACCUGUCAUGGAGGGGACCACGGCGGUGUGUGGGAGUACGCCCACAGACACGGCAUCCCCGAUGAGACCUGCAACAACUACCAGGCCAUUGACCAGAAGUGCAAACGAUUCAAUGCAUGUGGCACUUGCACGACCUUUGGAAAGUGCAACACGGUGCAGAACUACACUUUGUGGAAGGUGGGAGACUUUGGUGCCGUUAGUGGACGGGACAACAUGAUGGCAGAAAUCUACACUGGAGGACCAAUCAGCUGUGGAAUCAUGGCCACAGAGAAACUGGAUGCCUACAGCGGGGGUCUGUACUCUGAGGAAGAAGAGUCUCCUGACAUCAACCACAUCGUGGCUGUGGCGGGCUGGGGAGUAGAAAAUGGAACCGAAUACUGGAUUGUGCGCAACUCCUGGGGAGAGCCGUGGGGUGAGAAGGGCUGGCUCAGGAUUGUGACAAGCGCCUACAAAGGAGGAAGUGGAAGCCGGUAUAAUCUUGCUUUGGAGGAAGACUGCAUGUUCGGAGAUAUGAUUGUACCCUCGGCUUAUUAA